CCUCCGGAGCUUCUGGAAAUAUCGAAGUUUACUCGGCAGCUUAUUGUCACUUGUGCUGCCCACGAGGGAAAUCCGUAUUCUUCGACGAGUAAACAAACAAUAAUGAGAGGCCUCAUACCGAGUUGCGAUGCAAAGGCAGGAGCAGUCGAGGAAGGUUUCGAGCCAGGUGAAAUACGCAGCGAUCGUUUCAACGUCUUCAAAUGGUUCAUCACAGUGAACGUGAUGCUUCUAAUAAUUUUCUGUGGCUACGCAUUAUGGAAUCUGUACCAAUUAGACAAUGUCAUGAGGUCCCGAGAAGAAGCCGUGAGCCUACCAAAGUACUACGCCAACCGCAAAGUCAAUGGCCAGGUCAACGACACACUCGACUUUCACGAAUGGAAAAAAUCCAUUUUGGAGAACCUCCAAGGAGACAGCAAGACCAACGACAGCUAUGGAAAUUUAAAAGUACUCCUUCGCAGCAUUGGCAAUAUCAUGGAAAAUAAGAAGAACAAACUUGUCGUUGCCAAUCUAACCGAUCACGAAGUUCAAGCUCUCAAAGAAUUCACCAGGUUCAGAUAUCCUAGAACUGUUGUUGGUGGUCCAGAUGAAAGCGAGUGUAAUAUGCAGUUUUCGCUGACUGUAACCAACAAUGACGUACCUGUCCGGCUCCGUGUCAAACCUGCCACAAAGGGUGAAGGCAUGGUUAAUAUCAAGACUACCACGAAUUAUAUGAAGAAGUCUAGAGCUGAAUCCGAUAUACGCGAGUGCUCGUUUAAUAUUGUUUACCAACCGCAAAAUCAGGACGAAAAUGCGAUCUGAUUUUUCUCACGAAAUAAAAAAACAUUAAUUAGGCUUAAAAGUAGUUUUUUUAUUUUCUUAAAUAAGUUACGCAUCAACAAUGCAACUGCAGAACUCGUGUAUUGAGCGUUGAGGCUGAAUGUGUAAAAAUCAAUGCGUACACAUAAUGAAUUCAAUACUGAUACGAAGAUAUUCGGACACGUUGAAUCAUCCGAGAAAAAAGUACGCGACAAAUUAUCAGCAUUAUGUCAGUCUAUCUGCUUAGUGUUGUCGUUCUCCUGAACUUAUUCAUUUUCUUUAUCCGAAAUUUAUCGCAAAAGAUGAGACUUUCUCUGCCCAAAAGUUUCGCGCAGAAAUAUUAGUUGACGGGCAGCUGGCGCAACAUGAAGUUGCCUUUGAGAAAUACAAUUUCUAGUAAGAAUAUCUUUUGUAUAUUUGCAUUGGAUUGAUUUAAUUUAGAUUUCCGAGGAAAUUUAGCGCUAUUAAACUCAUUUUUCUGAUACAACACUAGACCUGAUUUACAUAAUUAUAUUCUUAUCACUAAGUACGAAUACAAUUAAUCGUGAUUUCAUUCUUAAACAUUCUAUUAGUUAAAACAUUUCUGAACGAUAAAAGUAAAUGUAGUCAGUGCAUUUAUCUCAGCUCUGUUGAUCGUUCAAGGAUUGAACGAAAAACAUGUACAACUUUAUGUCUUAUUUUCCA